AUGCUCGGCAAAGCUUUGGCAGCAGCGAAACAGCGCACAGAACGUGCGAGGAAACCACCAACCACUCAGAGUGGGCACCUCUCUCUUGAUGCGCUCGCCGCCAGAGACGCGACCCUCCCCCAGCUCCAACCGCCCCCAGAUACCCGGCUUGCCUACCAACGACCGUUGCAACCACCCAGACAGCUCGUCGCGUGCCGAAACAUUGCAAGAGCCCAGCAACAAGGUCUCUCUCUCCGUUUAUUUGCGUCCAUCACAAACCCCCGGCCGCCUCCUCAAGAAGCCAUGUCCAAAUUUACUGUUGAAAAGGACAUUGCACAACACAUCAAGCGCACGAGACCAAACACUUCAUCUACUUCUACCUCGGCCAUUGCGCUAUUCUCCUGUUCAAAACCCAGUAAAGCUGGAAACGACACAUCAUACGAUGACAAAGACUACUCGAGAGGCUUGCCUAUGAGCAAACCUAAGGACACUGCAUGA